AUGAAAUCCGUCGCUCACUUCCUCGUCAUAUCUGGCCUUGCUCUCCUCGGUUCUGCUGCCCCAGCUGCCGAGGCUAGGCCGCUGAACGGUGAUGCCGAUGUGUCUGGUACCGUCGGCAAUGUGGCCGACGCCGUCUCCAAUCCCAUAGCUCUUCCGUCUGAUGUAAACUCCAUUCCGGAUGCAGUAGUAAACGCUGUGCAAGGCAUACUAUCUGGCACCUGCGGCAUCGAUUGGAAGUGCAACGUCACUCUCUCUGGUACCAUUGAAAAUCUCCUCGUCGAUGGCGACAAAUACACCGGCCAAGCUUCGGUUGCCGCUUGGUGUCACGAAGGCCGCUGUUACGGCGCCUCGAACAUGGACACGUCAGGUAGCGCUCCUUUGGUCAUCACCUGCGACCAAGUCUCGGGGUCCAAAGCCUGCACUGGCACCAUCGGCGCCGCCGCCAAUGUCAUCUUCUCCAAUGGGAAGCAGCUCGUGACUGAUUCUUGUGCGCUUGUAAAAGAACUCUGGGGCUGGAUGACUCCGUCGGGGUAUUGUAGCGACGGCACCUGCUACGCUUCGCUCAAUGCACUUGGAGACCCCAUGUAUUAA